GGAAAAUCUUGUCAAAGUAUUUCUCUGCCUCUUCUUCAUUUCAACAUCAUCCUCCCUCUUGACACACACUACACCAUAUCAACGCGACUAUGGCCGAAGAAUCCCCAAUCUCCUACGAAGACCUCGCCAACAUCGAGGAGGACUUUGAGGAAGUCGACACUGAAAUUGUUCGCCAGCAAUACGCGCUCUCUGCUCCUCUCUACGCCAAACGAUCCACGACCGUCUCUCAAAUCCCCAACUUCUGGCCUCUCGUCCUCGAACAAGCACCUCCCGAGCUCGACAGCUUCAUCUCCGCCUCCGACUCGCAAAUCUUCGGCGAAUCCCUCCUCGCCCUCAACGUAACCCGUCCCGAGCUCGAGAAUGGCGCCGCCGGCCACCCGCGAAGCUUGAAGAUCGACUUCACCUUCAAGCCAAAUGACUUCUUCGAGGACACCGAGUUGAGCAAGACAUUCUCUUACCGCCGCGCAAAAGAUGGAUGGACGGGCCUCGUUUCCGAGCCGGUGAAGAUCCACUGGAAAAAGGGCAAGGAUUUGAGCGAAGGGCUGAACGACAACGCGGUGGCACUUUUCGAAGCGAGGAAGAAGGCUGGGAAUAUGCUGGCUAGAGACAUCCCCGAGUACAAGAAGCUGCAAGAGAAAUUGGAGUCGCUGAAUGGCGCCAACACCUCUUUCUUCACAUUCUUCGGCUGGCGCAAGGCAGGAGAGAGGGUGGAAGUGCCGGAAGUCAGCGAGGAGGAUGAGGAAGCGGCGGACGAUUCCGAGGUGGAGGUGCACGAGGCCGGAGAGCAGGUGGCUGUGACAAUUGCGGAGGACUUGUGGCCGAAUGCGAUCAAGUUCUUCACGCAGGCGCAGGAGUUGGGAGAGAUGUCGGAUGUUGAUUUCGAGGAGGAUGAUGACGAGGAGGAGAGUGGAGAGGAUGAGCCGGUUGAUAUCAGGGCAUUGGUGGGUGGAAAGGACAAGGGCAAAGCUGCGAAGAGGUUGAGUGAUAGUGGUCCGCCCUCGAAGAAGCAGAAGAAAUAG